CCCUCCAGCCUGCGCCCUUGGAUCGCGCUGCGCCACGCAGCAGCUCCGUGAGCUGAGUCAUGGCGGGGGAGGAAGCAAGAUGAUAUGAAAAAUUAGACCCCCUUUUUUAUUUUUGCAAGGACUCCCACCUAUGCAAACAUUAGGGUCUCAUUGCCAGUUCGAGGAUCCCAAGAAGCGAUGGGUGUGGGAAGGUCAGCUCGUAUACUGCGUCAGGGUUCCUCUAUGGGCUGGGGGAGUUUGCUUCGUUUCGGGGGAGCCCCUGUGGAGGAGGGGAAACUCCUCUCUGCCUUGCUCCGUGGCCCAUUAACACCUCGCUAUCUUUUCUUAUCUUGUGACCUUGAUUCUGAGCCUGGAACUGCUACCGCACGGACGGGAGCACUUUUCAGGGAAGGGGUGGGGCACGUGUCGCACUUCUACCCUUUCCUCUUGGGCAGUGUGGAGGCAAAGCUUCCUUUCCACCUGAGCUCCAUAGCCCAUUCUCUGUGUUUUUGAUUGCCGUGUAUUUUUCCUAAUAUCCUUUUCCUAACACCACCCCCAACCAGGAGGGAGAAGCCUGACCUUGGGGUGUCCUUGAAGCCUGGGCCAGACCUGGGUAGAUUACAAGGGACGCCCCACCUCAGUCAGAAAAUCUGGGUUCUAUUGCCUCUCUUUGCUGUGUGACUUCAAACACAGAUGAUUUAUUUCUUGGCCUCUUUCAGAUGAUGGUAUUGGGCUCUCUGCCCUAUAUGAUCCUUAUAUUCUAAAAUACUCCCGGUUCAAUUUUGUUUCUAGGCAAGGUGACCCAUGGCAACGCGCAAGCCAGAUGGGUCCAGCUUCACCAUGACCCGCCUGUCCCUGGCUCUGGCUUUUUCCUUUCCCCCAGUUGCCAGUGAGCAACCCCACUCUGAGCUGGGCAACACCCAGCAACAGACAGAGUUAGGAAAGGAACGUGCUGCCACUGGCACCAUGCCCUACCCGUACCCAGCACUAACCCCGGAGCAGAAGAAGGAGCUGUCUGACAUCGCUCACCGAAUUGUGGCUCCGGGCAAGGGCAUCCUGGCUGCAGAUGAGUCCACUGGAAGCAUUGCUAAGCGGCUGCAGUCCAUUGGCACUGAGAACACCGAAGAGAACAGGCGCUUCUACCGCCAGCUGCUGCUAACUGCUGAUGACCGUGUGAACCCCUGCAUUGGGGGGGUGAUCCUCUUCCACGAAACACUCUACCAGAAGGCGGAUGAUGGACGUCCAUUCCCCCAAGUUAUCAAGUCCAAGGGCGGUGUUGUGGGCAUUAAGGUAGAUAAAGGCGUGGUACCCCUGGCAGGAACCAAUGGUGAGACCACCACCCAAGGGCUGGAUGGGCUGUCAGAACGCUGUGCCCAGUAUAAGAAGGAUGGAGCUGACUUUGCCAAAUGGCGCUGUGUGCUCAAGAUUGGGGAGCACACUCCUUCAGCCCUUGCCAUCAUGGAAAAUGCCAAUGUUCUGGCCCGUUAUGCCAGCAUCUGCCAGCAGAAUGGCAUUGUACCCAUUGUGGAGCCUGAAAUCCUCCCUGAUGGGGACCAUGACCUAAAGCGCUGCCAGUAUGUAACUGAGAAGGUACUGGCUGCUGUGUACAAGGCUCUGAGUGACCACCACGUCUAUCUGGAAGGCACACUGCUGAAGCCCAACAUGGUCACCCCAGGCCAUGCUUGUACCCAGAAAUAUUCCAAUGAGGAGAUUGCCAUGGCAACUGUCACAGCUCUGCGUCGCACAGUGCCCCCUGCUGUCACUGGAGUCACUUUCCUGUCUGGAGGGCAGAGCGAGGAAGAGGCGUCCAUCAACCUCAACGCCAUCAACAAGUGCCCCCUGCUGAAGCCAUGGGCCUUGACUUUCUCUUAUGGCCGAGCCCUGCAGGCCUCUGCUCUGAAGGCCUGGGGCGGGAAGAAGGAGAACCUGAAGGCUGCCCAGGAGGAAUACAUCAAGCGAGCCCUGGCCAACAGCCUUGCUUGUCAAGGAAAGUACACCCCAAGUGGCCAGUCUGGAGCCGCAGCCAGCGAAUCUCUCUUCAUCUCCAACCAUGCCUACUAAGCAGUGGUGAUUUAAGGCUGCCCCAUCGACACUCCAGGCCCCCCAGCCUACCCACUUGCUUUUGAAGAGGGGGCCUUCAAGGCUUUCCCAUCACUCUUGCUCCCCUUGUGACUGGUGUGGUGUUGUCUGCGAAUGCUAAUUCUGCCAUCCCUUCCAGCCCACUGCCAAUAAACUAUUUAAGGGGGA